AUGAUUCACCUUCCACAGGAGAUUGUUACCAGCGUUGUUUCUGAAUUGAGACCGAUGGACUGCAAUGAAUGCCUUCAAGUCUCUCGUCAUUGGCGACAUGUCAUACCACAGGCUGCAUCACAGCUUUUUCAAGAUAUCACCGUUGACGACGAUUCUUUACACGCGCUCGCUUCUAUCGACCUCGUUGGCCACUUUGUGAGAACAGCUAGACUCAAGUUUGAGCACAUGGACACUAUGAUGAAGGUCAUGGAUCGACUCAUGCCAUGUUCUUUAUUGCGAAAGCUUGAGUUACGCAAUGUCCACAUUGAGUACCCGGAAGUCAUGCAUACAAAGUUGAAGUCUUGCUUUAAAAAGUGGCGUCUUGAUACCCUCGCUCUCGUCAAUGUCCAUGCUCCCACUAUGAAUCUUGUCGAUUAUAUCCUACUUGCAACAGAACACAACGUCAGCCAUUUUGCAUUUACCUGUGGUGAUGAAGGAAGUUAUUUUCAUGUACAAAGACAACUAUUGGAACGCAGCAACCUCAGCACCCUCGUUUCGCUUGUGAUCGAUAAUCUAGCAGACCUUCCAGCAGACAUCUAUCGAUCCGCCAUCACAGCGUUGUUGUCUUUUACACCCAAUAUCGAAUAUCUGGAACUGGCUACAUAUUUUAUUGAUGAUACGUUCAUGUCAACCAUCCUUACAUUGUGCCCGAAGAUCAUCCAUGUUGAUCUAUCCUCAGACUUUCUUACAACAGAUGACGAGGUGGUUCAUCCCAGAGAUUACCUUCAAUUAGCAGCAUCUUAUGAUCACCAAGGUGAAUCCGGUUUACGUUACUAUUGGAAUCGCACAUCACGUGUAUCCCAAGCUGACUACGACAUUAUGCUGGAGCAACAAUCGACCUUGGAGUCCGUUUAUCUCGACUAUGAAUUCCCAGCUGCCAGCUUUGCUCCGGAUUGGGGAACGUUCAACACGCGCCUUCUAUCCAACAAUACCACACUCAAAUACCUUUCUAUACCGUUGUAUCGUCAAGGCGUUGUUUCUCUACAAUACGAAGAUGGAUAUAGCUCUUGGCUCAAUACAUAUCAGGCAUUGGAGCAUCUGCAGCUACUUUCAGUACAACAUGCUUUUGGAGUAUCUAUGAUGCAUACUUUGCAGUAUAAGCUACCAUCACUUCGACGCAUCGAUAUCGAGUUUACUGAGAAUGCAGGAGCAGCAGGCCAUUUGGAACUCUUAGAGGCACUUCAUCACCGUUGCAAUCACACCGAGACGCUCAAAGAGCUACAGCUUUUCUUUCGUAGAGGCUACAACCAGGCUAGUGCAGUUGAUAUCAUUUCUACCGCAUUGACCAUUCACACUCUGGAAAGGCUCACUGUGGAUUGUUGCAACUGUCUUGAUGAGCGAGAGACACUUGCAUUCAUCGAAAACCUUCGAACCAGUCUUCCUCGCCUUACGCACCUCGGCUUGGCUCGCUUUUCUACACUUUCUGCCAAUAUGAUUCACGCUCUUGCAUCUUUGGAUCGGAUCAAAUCGCUUGCUUUCCUACGUAUGGGUAGCAUCCUCACCGAGGUAGAAGCUGAGUCAUUGAUUAGCACCAUGGGCACCAAUUUGAAAAAGCUCUACUUUGUCAAUUGCUACUUUCUGAACAACAGCAAAGCUCAUAUUGAAUCGCUCGCAAAGAACUAUCCAGUCGAAUGUAUCAUCAGCGAUUAUGAUUAA